UUUCAGCACCCCCAAUAUUUGGGCGCUAGUUGCGCCCGUGCUCGGUGCACGUUCGAAUGAACGCGUACAACGGACAGUGUCCGUUGAAAUUUAUCAACAUCGCUUUAACCCGCCGUAACAAACGAUGAUUGUUUCGGUGUUCCGCAGUGGCGGGUUUAACGGGGAAGAAGUGGUCAUUUGUCGCCUAAUAAUAUUCUUACCCGAAAAUGUCCCCCGGACCCAGUCCUUAUUUAUUUCAAUUUCAACAUAAAAUUUCAAAUAUAAUUGGUCAUUACUGUUUCCGAAGUUUUAGAUUGUAACACAUCAAGUAAUAUACUAUGAUAAGAAAUUAGUAAUUAUAAUACCGUGUAAUGUUACGAAAUGCUCACACGACUUAAAGUACGGUUUCCUAGACGCGACAUGUCGUUAGUAACUGCUUACUCGAAAAUCAUAUAGACUGGUUUGUAACGCGCGACAAACCACGACAACCGAACUUUGGGUCGCGACGACCGACGACACUACUGCUCCGGGAGCAGUACUGCGCGACAAGUCGCCGCGACAUUCACAGUGAUCGUUGUGAAUUUUUAGCAUGAUGGCGUCUACUUUGGUUUUUUCUGCGUCCAACGACGAAAUUCUUAUUUAAGAGGUACAAAAGAAUCCGGUUCUUUUCAACAUUGGAGAUAAAAAUUAUAAAAAUAUAAUAUUAAAAGAUAAUAUUUGGAAAGACAUAUUUUUGAAACUUGGAAAAUCAGUGGAUGUAACUAAAAAGAGAUGGAAAAAUAUUAGAGAUUCUUAUGCCAGAAAUAAAAGAAAACCAUCUACGGGUUCAGCGGCAUCUAACAAUAAAAAGUGGACAUUAGCACCUCAUUUUGAUUUUUUGGGAACGAAAGAAGCAAAAAUUCUUAGUAUUUAAUUUUGUUUAAUCGUAAAGUUUACAACGUUAACAUUCUGGUAUUCGAUUAAGAACAUCCGUCGGACACAGAAGUAGAUUGAUUAAAAUCAUAAGCUGUAUAAACAACAAAUGUAUUGCGGAUCGAUUAAAGAAAACAAUAACAAUUAACAAGCAUAUCUUGUAGUGAAAAAGUGGCUGCAAACUAGAUAAUAAUCAAUCAUAUUCUACAUUUAUCAGGUCCAAGAGUUUGAUGGUGAUGAACAUGUCAAAUUUAAAAUGAUUUAUUUCACAUCAACAGUUAAAUUGAUAUGAGUGGACACAUGAAUCUCACAUCUAACAUUCAUUAUUAACGUCACAAAUACAAUAAGGAGUUGACAAUAGACAUAUUUAUAUUUAAGCUUUGAGAGUCACAUGUAAUUUUUAUUAUUAAUCAUUUUAAGGGAAUAUAUAUUAAAAAAACGUCAUAAUCAAAUUAGUUUUUGGAGUUAUUGUCGUUUUGUGCUAAAUAUACCAAAUCAUUACAACACAUAGUAACAAUAAUAAUUAAUUUGCUGCAAUGGAAUCCAUUUAUGUAAAUAUAGAUUUACCAAUUUUAACACCUACAGAUAAUGAGUUGAAUAAUUAUAGUAAUCCUGCCGAAUCAGAACCUUUACGGUAUGGUUGUCAAUACUGUACAGAAGGAAGAUUUAGUUCUCAACAACAAUUGGAUCUACAUGAGCGCGCACAUGAACCGUAUAUUCGUUAUGAAUGUCCCAAUUGCAAAAAGCUAUUCAAAAAAGAAUUAAAAUUAUUUAAACAUUGGGAAUCACACACUGAUAGACGAAGAUUCAGGUGCAAUAUAUGUGAAAAAAAUUGUUUAUUAUUUAGCACUUUAAGGAAACAUCUAAUAAAACGUCAUGAUCAGACUGAUUUUUCAAAUUGUAUUCGUUAUGAGCUAAGUCUACCACAGCAUUACAAAAAAGUACUAGUGACUGAUGAUGCUGAUGAUUCAUCUGAUUCAUCUGAUGAUAAGUGGAGUCUUUAUUUAAGAAAGUAUGAAGAAUUCGUAGCCGCUACACCGUAUCCUUGUCGAUACUGUUCAAACCGCUUUACUUAUGAAGAUCAAUUAGUUAUACAUGAACGCGGACAUCAACGUCCAAUCACUAUAGGUAAUGUGUUAAAUCAUAUUAAUAAGCCUGAAGAAUGAAGAGCUUUACAGUACUGUUGUCCAUUCUGCACAAAACAAUUUAGUUCUCAAGAGCUAUUUGAUUUACAUGAGCGUACACAUAAACCAUACAUUCAUUAUCAAUGUUCCAAAUGCAAUAAGCUGUUAAAAAAAAAAUCGAACUUAUCAAAACAUUAUGUAUAGUCUCAGUAUAAUCUUUUAUCUAUCUAUUUAUAAAU